CUCAGCGGGGUCUGGCAUCACUUAUGGAGAGGAAGCAGAGUUAAUAAAUAAGGGGCAGCUACUUUUUGUCACUUAAACCUUGUUUCAAUGUCCAAUUGUUAUCACGUGACUUUCUGUUAACAGGGUGAGUGGCCAAUGGUGAAACAGUACUGACUACGGCAAUUGUGAUUAGCUUAAACAGCGACCAAUCAUCAUAAUCAAGGUCAUUGUCCCGCCCAUCUGUCAAGAUCCAACCAAUAGAAAUCCAGAGAUUCCCAGCACCGAGUGAUGGUUCGCUGUGAGCGAUGUCAGUCAGGGUGGCGGUUGGCUCCCCGCUCGCGAUGAAGAUUCUCCGGUGGCUCCUGAAGGGCCGGGGUUCAGCCCCGACCCCGACCCCGACCCCGGCUCCGGACGCUGCCCCUAGACAGCUCGAGCAUUUCUCUAAGUUCUCGCCAUCGCCGCUCUCCAUGAAACAAUUCCUGGACUUCGGUACCAGAAAUGGUUGUGAAAAGACCUCCUUCAUCUUUCUACGACAAGAACUUCCAGUACGGCUUUCAAAUAUCAUGAAGGAAAUCAACCUACUUCCAGAUAAUUUGCUGGGAACUCCAUCUGUUCAAACCGUUCAAAGUUGGUAUGUGCAAAGUCUUACUGACAUUCUGGAAUUUUUGGAUAAAAGCCCUGAUAAUUACAGAGUUUUGUCAGACUUUUCAGAUGCGCUGAUCAACAUUCGAAAUCGGCACAAUGACGUUGUCCCUACUAUGGCCCAGGGAGUCAUAGAAUAUAAAGAAACAUUUGGGGUGGAUCCCAUAAUUAAUCAAAAUGUGCAAUACUUUUUAGACCGAUUCUAUUUGAGCCGAAUCUCUAUUCGUAUGCUCAUCAACCAGCACACACUUGUUUUUGAUGGACGAAGUAAUCCAGCCCAUCCCAAACAUAUCGGAGGCAUAGACCCUAACUGUGAUGUGAUAGAAGUGGUGAAAGAUGCCUGUGAAAGUGCAAAAGUGCUUUGUGAUCAAUAUUAUUUGACUUCUCCUGAGGUGCUAAUUAAUCAAUUCAAUGAUUACCUACAGUGUGGAAUCAGGCCCAUCGGCAUUUCUGACAGGGGUGGUGGCGUCCCUCUCCGUAAAAUUGAUCGACUGUUCAGUUACAUGUAUUCCACAGCUCCCAAGCCAGUAGUACAGAAUCUCCAAACAGCUCCUCUGGCUGGUUUUGGAUAUGGUCUUCCUAUCUCACGCCUCUAUGCUAAAUAUUUUCAAGGAGACCUUAACCUGUACUCAAUGGAAGGAUAUGGUACCGAUGCUGUUAUUUAUUUAAAGGCUUUAUCUACUGAUUCAGUGGAAAGGUUGCCUGUCUUCAAUAAAUCUGCUUGGAAACAUUACAAAAGUAGGAAUGAAGCAGAUGAUUGGUGUAUUCCCAGCAGUGAACCCAAGAACCUGGCCAAGUUCAAUAAUCACAUUUGAAGAAAAAUAUUAUGAAGAGGAAGAUUCAAGCAAUGUUCACAAUCACACUAAUAAAAUUACCAUGGUAUAGAAAUGAAUGUUGGCAGCAUGCUAUGAACUGUCCUGACUUGUAUGAAACAUUGAAAUGUGCCUCAUAUAAUUAUCAUCAGUUAAGUUCAUUAAUUGACCAGUACUUUCUAGACAAAUAGAAACAGCAAUUUGUGAAAUGCAUCCUGUAUUUACGGAAUGAGUCCGAGGGGGGAGAAAUAAGACCAACAUAUGUAGACAUGCAAUCCUGUGGCGAUAUUGUGUUUUCUUUGUGUGCCUGACUACUUGCCAUUGUGGGAGUUACAAGCUUGAACUAAUGCCUGGACUAGAACUAAUUGAUUUUACAGAUGAUAAUAUUUCUCUUUCUUUCAGAAUAAGGAUUGAUCAGUAUAUGUUUGCUGUACGCAAAUUGGCUACAGAAUAAAUACAUUUCAAAAAUCACUCCAUUUUCUGUAAACCACUUUGGGACAUUCUCAAGUUAUGAUAAGUGCAAUAUAAAUGCAUUUUUUUUCCAUUUCAGUGGUGUCAACUUUGCUUUCCUGUACGUAGCCCUCUGUCACACUUGGCUCGGGCAUGACUCUUUUUUUUGAAUGAGACAAGAAAAGUGUGAUUGAAUGAGGGUAAAUUAGAGACCUCUGGCAUGAAAGGAGUUUUGAAGAUGAGAUAGUUUUAUCACUUUUCCUUUGGACUUGGGUUAGGGCAGCCGAAAUGAAAGGCAGAAUUAGGGAAACUAUCAGCUUAUGUCGUUUUCUACCUGCAGUUGAAUUUAGCUUUUACUUUCAUUCUCCUCUUUUGACAUGAAGCAAAGUAUAUAUGUAUGUAUUUGUAUAUGUCUGCUUAUUACUGGUUACCAGCAGUGCCUUGUGGAUAGUUAUAAAGUUACACUAAGCUGUUUUCUUAAAUGAUCUGUGAAAGACUGAACACUAGGUGUCAAUCUGCCAGUAUAUCUUGUAUGUAAUGGAACAGAGAAGUUAUGUGCAAAUAAUGAUUGGACUCUACUUAUCAAGCCUCUACUGUGAAAUUUAAAUGUAGUUGACUGCAUACUUUAUUAUUGUAUGUCAAAUAAAUUUAUGAUAGCUGUGCAUAA